AAAAAAAAAUAUUUAUAAGAAAAUUCGAAUUUGAAAAAGUAUAAUUCGAAAACAUACAAAAAAUACUUUUUUUUUAUUUUUUUUUGAAUUUUUUUGAAUUAUUUUGAAAUUUUGAAAUUUUGAAAUUUUGAAAUUUUGAAUUUUUAUUUUUUUUUUAUUUUUUUAUUUAAAUAAUGAUUUAUUAUAUGUAUGAAUAACAAGGGCUUAAGAAUCUUUUGCCACUUAAAAAAGAAGAUAUUUUUAAAAAUGUCUCUUUAGUGGUGGUAAAAAUGAAAAGUGGUACCAUGAAAGUGGUAAACAUGUAAUUUCCCCUAAAUUUUUAAAAUUUUCUUUUUGUUUGGAUUAUUUUUUAAAAGGAAAACAUUCUAUUUUAUAAAUCUCUGUUUUCGUACAAUUAUAAAAAAAAACUAUCAAAUACUCUCUUAUAUUUUGUGUUUAGGAUUUUAGAAAAGAAAAAUUAUUGUCAUAUAACCUUUUACAAUUAUCUUCUUUUUAGAAUUGCAGAAAAAUAAAUUUCUAUCAAAUAUUUAUUUCUAGAUACUAAUAAAUAAUUUUAAAGUGACUAUUUUUACAAUCUGUCUUUUUACACAUCUUUUGUUAAUUAAAUAGUUUUUAUUAUAAUGUUCAUCAUCCAAUUCUCUCUUAAAAAUAUUAUCAAAUAACUUCUUACAAUUCUCUUUUAGUUAUGACCUAAAAAUAUGAUACAAAUCUCUUUCGUAUAAAAUCUUUUAUAAAAGAACAACUAUCAAAUUUAUAUAUCUAGGGUAUUAGGGAUUUUUUACUUAUUAAAUGAAACAUUUUGAUCAUUUUUCUCCUUGUGGUCUAUUUUUGUGUUCAAAACUUGAAAAUUGUCUAUUUAAGAGAAUUGCCUAUAUUAUAAUCUUAAAAUUUUAUUGACAUAUGUCGCAAUUAUGUUAAUUAGCAAUUUUGAAGAACCAAGUUUUAUAUAAUAAGAUCUACUUUCUCAGAAAUUUGAAUGACUGAAAAAUAUAUUUUCUGAAAAAAAAAUCCUGUAAACAAUUAACACCUUAUAUUUACUAAUCAUUUACCUUGUUUGUUUUAUUAGCAGCUCACAAGUGGUAGACCCCCUAUAUCUGAAGCACAUUACAUAUUCAAUGAUUUGUAAGCCCAAUUCUGACAAUAUAUAUACAUAGAUUUAUAACUUUGUACAAGUUAAAUAAAUCUUAUUCAUAUACACACAAAAAAACCCAAGACCGGUCCUCGGCAAAGCUUAAUGAAACAUUAAUCUUAGGCCUCCAAAAAAUUUUGAAAAAAAUUACAUAGAAAAAUCCCAAAAUUAAUUUUUAAGCCCUCAAAUCUACCAAAAAAAAUUUAAGCUGAAAUUUUUUAAAAUCCGCCUACAGCUCCCUAAAUUUUAGGACCGGCUCUAACAAAACCCUAAUGCCAUUGAUGGAGAAACCAGACAAUAGGGAGAUGGAUUUGCUCACAGAUGGAUUACCACCAAUCCCUAUCCUAUUGACGAAGAUACCAAAGAUCAGUGGAACGGAAUCGCUGCUAGAGGAUCUGUAUGCGAUUAUACUAGCCAAGUUACCACUAACGAGCAUAAUCACUUUCAAACGGGUUUGCAAGCAAUGGAAAUCACUCGUUGAGUCUCCUUUUUGCCGCGAUCUUUAUCUGUCUAUGCACCAAAACUCGUAUUAUUCUUCUUGGUCGUUCAUGUGUAGAGGUUGCGAGACAGAAACCAUGGCUCACUACGGAUCCGAUAACUGGUGUCUUACCCGUUCUCUCGGUUCUUACAUCUCGUCUUUUCUAGCCGAAAAGUUCGAGAACCGAGAAGGUAGAGUCGUGGCUUACACCGAUGUUGGAUUGAUAUUGAUUUACGUUGUCACGAACCAAUCUUUCUACGUGGCUAAUCCUGUCUCAAGGCAAUGCGUAGAGAUCCUGCCUCAUAAUCAUGCAAUGGAACGUUUUUGGAUAUUGGGGAUUGUGACUCGAACUGAGGACGAAGUCGUUUUGGGUUACAAAGUUGUUUUGUUAGAGAAGAAGAAGAACUUUACUAGUUUCUUGAUAUAUUCAUCUGAGACCGGCUCGUGGAGUCUUGAAACUGUUAGUUUUCCUUUCACUUUCAUCGCUCAGGAAUUUAACAAUCCCAUUAGCCUGAACGGAAAGCUUCACUGGCUCGCUCACAAUCCGGAGUAUAAAGAUUUUCUUGUAUCCUUCGAUUUCUACCCUAGUGGAGACAAGGGUUCUGAUCGAUGUCGUGUUACACCUUUCCCUGACUUAGACAAAACAACUAAAUUCAAAAGAGCUUGCACAACUUGUCAAGGGUUUCUCAUGUAUAUUAACAUAGUCUCUGUAGCCGAAGUUGAUAAGCUGUGUGUAUGGAGGCUAAAGAGCGAAGGAUGGCAACUAGUAUCUGAAAUCUCUACUGAUAUUGUAACGGCUGGUUUUGAUUAUAUUCCGUUGGGGAUGAAUCCUUUUGAUGAUAAACUAGUGUACUUUUGGAGGGGAAACAUGGAGGGCCAAGAUUUGUUGUCUAUUAACUUACACAUUGGGGAGUUUAUGGUCCACGAAGAGUUGGAACGUAGCAGCGACGGUCGCGUUCUGAGUUCCGUUGGUGGUCCGAGAGAGAUAGAAUACAUAAAGGAAACAUUUUAUUCCUCGUUCGUUCUCCCGAGGUGGCUGCAUCCUUUCCCGAACUAGGUGCGAGUUUAAAAUAAAAAUAAAAAAAUAAUAAUAUAUAUUAUGCAAAACUUAACCUGUUUCUUUCUCUUCUUGAUAAUUACUGUUGUUUCCUUAUGCAAGAUGAAGAAGUUGUCGGAUGGUGUUUGCUAGAAAACUCUUAUCAAUGAAUCUUGUAACUUAUUUUACUGGCAAAUUAUACCCAACUGGGGAAGUUGUAUGUUUUAGAGAAAACUUUCAUUUGGAUCGCUAUUUUUAAAGUAUUUUUCAAGAGAAGACCUUUAGAAGUAGGGUUAAUUUGCUGAAUAACUAUAUUAGAAAAAAUAUUAGUUUUGUAGUAAGAGAAUAGAGAGAGGAUGCGAUGGUUUGUUGGUGAAAUAUAGUUUUUUUCAGUUAUCAAAUUUUCCUUAGAAGUAUCGUUUAAGAUUAUCAACGGCAUAAACUUCUGGAUUCCCCCAACUUUUUGCUCGUUUCUACCAGUGUUCAGCAGUCAAUAAAAUUUGAUAAGUUGAUGAUUUGUUAAAAAAAUCAACAUAAGAGAAAGAAAACCUUCGUAUCUAUAUCUAGUAAAAAGAACUUGCAUAGGUCAACAUUUCUCUGAUUGAAUAAAAUAAAUAGCUUAGUAUUAUCGCUAUCAGUGCACUGAAGAAAAUUAGAGAAACAAGGAGUGAAUAAACGGAGGAAUAAGAUCAAGAUAUUUUGGUUAAGAAAAGAUGUUGUAAACUCUUGAAACCCAAAAUAUUAUGGCUGCAACUGGAAUGCUGCCAUUUAGCGAAAUAAAAUUGUUUGGAAUGCUUCUGAGUUCUGAUUCCAUAGAAUUCCUUAAAAUAUUCAUGAGUUACAAUGAAAUGUUGUUUAUACCAAUUUCACUUAUACUAUUUUGGUAUUAAACAGAAAAAAUUAUUUUUAAAAUCUAUUCGAUUUAUUCAGGAUCUAAAAAUUUCUUGGAUCAAUGGAAUGCAUUAUUCCAUCAAUAAAGUCAGUUUUUAUUCCACUUCAUCCAUCAUUCCAUUUUUUUUUCUAUUCCACAGACAAUCAGUCAUAUUAUUCAGCAGAUUCCAUGUAGAAAAAACCAGUUAGCCUAUAUGUUAAAUAAUUUUAUUUUAUUUUUUAAUAUCAAAUACAUAAAAAGUGGGUUGAAUAUAACCGGUAUGUUGGUGUGAUAUAUGCAAAAAAAAAUGUAAAACAA